GGGAAGGGCUGAGCACCCAGAGCGACUGUCCUCAGAUCCUGUGCUAUGUGCAGGGGCCUGUUGGGGGGCUGCAGUGGACACUGUAAUUCCCAGUCUCCCCACCACCGUGAGCGUAGGAAUAUCUGGACCCCAGAGGAUGAAGAUGUGCUGCAGUACUGUGAUGGAGUCUUUGACAUCUACUUCGUCUUUGACGCGUCAAAAACGACGUUAGACUGGGAUAUGCUGUGCUCAUGUUGGGAAGAUAUGGUGGAGAAAUACCUCAACCCCAGAGUGCGCAUGUCCUUCAUUGUCUUCUCCACAAAAGCCACAGUCAAAAUGUAUCUCACCUCAGACAGAUUCAGAAUCUCUUACCAACUUCAGCGACUCAUGCAAACUCCGGUAGCAGGCGAAGCAAACUUACAUGAAGGACUGAAGGAGGCAAAUGAUCAGAUUGCAGGAGCCAACUUUGGAGCCGCUAGAGUGUCUAGCAUGAUCAUUGCUUUACUCAGUGGGCCACUGACACCAGAUGCAUUGAACCAGACUAUGGUAGAGGUUGAAAGGGCUCGGAGAAUGGGAACAUACAUGUACUCCGUUGGUAUCUACGGCUCUGAUGCAUUCCAGCUGGCUGCAAUUGCAGACAGCCCAGAACAUAUGUUCAGGGUAAGAGGGACACCCACGGACCUCCACGCAGUGGUUGACAAUAUCGGAACAAGUGCUUGUCUGGAGCUCAGAGCUGUGCAACCUUCGCCUCUGUGCACAAGUGAGAGCUGA